AUGGUCCGCGCCUACCUGGCCCUCAAACAGCCCGCGGCGGAAGAGCGCCAAAUUGCCGAACUCGUCUGGUGGCACAGCAUGAAAGCCACCGAAUAUCGCCGGCGCGCCCUGCAGGUCGACGCGGCGGCACUAGGAUUCGAUCAGUCGGAAAGAGAAGACACUAGCACCAAUAUGAUCCGUUUUCUGUUCACGAAUCCUGAGACGGGUAUUCCAUUGAAGUGGAAUCUGUACCCGAUGUUGCUCCCCGGCUCGCUGCCCCUGAUCGAAUUGCUGGACAAUCUGGCCAGGGAGUUCCAUCGGAUGCCGUGGCUUCUGUCCUCAACCGAUUCUCCUGAGCAGGACUGUGCAACCGGUGAACGGCGGCUGCAAGAAAUACCAGAUGAAGAAACUGCGUCAACCGGUGGUCGUGCAACUAAUCCAUCAUCUGCAUCUGGUAAAACAAGUGACGCGACUACGGAAGGUGACCAAGGGAAUGAGGAAACAAGCCACUCCGGUACACCAGCAACUACAGCAAUUACGCCGACCACGACCUCAAGCAUCUGUCCCCCGUGCGGGGUCGUUGAUUACCAAGUCGAAUGGUUUCACGAACAGGUCUUUCUCUCUCGGUUCGUGGAGGACGCUACCGCCGCUCUGGAGGCACUGCAGCGGGAACGAGAGCGCACGGCGGAAAGAACUACAGAUCACGUGGCAGAUCGGAACGGUACAACUGGAGCUGGUGGAAAUGAUGUAUCUUCAGUAGAGCAACAUCCAAUAGAAACCGACCGCGCAGAAGACCAUGAGGACAACCACACCGAUCCGCCUCCGCCUCCGCCGUCCACCGCGACAAAAACGACGCUUUCACCGUUUCACCAAAAGACGCACGCCUUCCACCACGACCCGCAUGUGCGGUCCUGGAUACCCUACGGCCUCGACCGCACCGACGAGGCCUGGGCCGUCGUUUUGACGGGACUGCCGGAGGUGGAUGAACUGGGUAGAACCGACGACCAGGAGGAGAGAAUUACAAGUAGUGGCUCUGGUAACUACGACGAUGAAAAAGAGGAAAAACCCGGACAAACAUCUUCAUCAGAGAAGCAGCAGCAAAACCAAGAUAGCGAGCAGGACGAUGAGCAAGACGAGACUGCAUUCCACACCGCGCUGCGGAAUUUGCACGUCUAUGUGACGGCCAUCCGCGUGCUCGCGCACUCCGUCCUAAAGCGCGCCCGCAUACGACGUCCGUUUCUCGUGCUGCACAACUACAAAGGACCAGACGAUGCAGUAGACAACACGAGCGACAAAAACGCCGCAGCUAGUUCAUCAUCUACGUCAGAAAGUGGAGGCAAACGCAAAAAUACUAAAGCAUCCAAGCGGACGGACUACAUUAUGCAGUACUUUCUGAACCUUCUGCGCAGCGACGGCCUGGAGCCGGUGUACGUGGAGCCGCCGGCGGUCGAGGACCUGCCGCGGUCCCUCCGGCAGCGCGGCGACGAUGAGCACGCGGACAAGGAGCAGAAGUGGCGGCGGCUGCUGGGCGAUUCGUGGUGGGCGAAGACGCGGCUGUGGCAGAUGACGGAGUACAAACGGAUUGUCUACCUGGACGCCGACAUGCUGGUCUUGCAAAACCUGGAGAAUUUGUUCACCAUGGAGAACGUGGACUUCGCCCUUCCGGUGUACGAGGACAGCGUAAUCGGGUUGAUGGUGAUCAGACCGAACCUCUCGCUGUACAACACCAUGAUAGACACGCUGCAGCACGUGGCCCCGUUCAUCGACGCAAACUUGCGGUCCCUCGAUCAAAGCUUUCAGCAUUUCUUCUGGUACUAUGCGGGGCUGCAGGCCGCGGGCUACGCGGUUUUUUCUCCAGACACAGGCGCAUUCCUGCACUGCGAUCAGGAGCAAGUUGAGGACCACGAGAGUAUAGCAGAAGUAAAAAACGUUGACGUUCCUACUCCUAGAACGCAAAAUAAACCCUAUCUCCAGCCCCCAAAGGUGGUAGAGUCCUUAUCAGAGCGGAAAAACCUCCGCGACUACAACAGCAGCACGUCCGUGCAGCUCCAGUUUGCAUCGAAAGCAGAAAGAGGACACCAAGAUGAAACAAGCCACAGCGCAACCGUAGAGGUACAACCACCUGUUGAACAAGAUGAGACAGAAGCAGGUAGGUCGAAAACAGCGUCGAAGCCGCACCAGGCACUCGCUUCUGACGAGCAAAUACUUCGCGAGCAGACGGCGCUGUUGGAACAAACGCAGUACAAAGUCUGUGUGCUCUCCCUGGAGUAUCACCUGGCCGUCACCUAUCCAGCAGUGCACAAGUUGGUCCGCUACCCGGACCGAUUCGCGGACUCCGCCGAGCUAGUCUACAAGGUGCUUGCGCAAGUUGAACAACACGCAAAACUGCUACACUGGCCGGGGGAGCGCCGAAAGCCCUGGAUGCACUGGAGCCAGGUUGCGCGCACGCCCUAUGACGCGCUUUGGUGGAUCGAGUACCAAAAUGUCGAGCACAUGGACCGCCGCACAGCAAACCCGGCUGUCCGCUUCCGCUGUGGAAGUGACUAAAUUUCAGUCACUUCCAGAAGACUGUCGAUCUUUUAGAGAGAUCGACAACAUUCUACGAGAAUACCAUGCACAUGCUGCCGGUAACUUCAGAUAUUCACUUACGUUUGUACUCCUUUUAGACUUGCACUUCGCUCUCAUUUGAUUCUGUAUCUCGCCGACCUCUUCUAAUCUAUGUCAACAGUUUGCUACAGUGCAAUCAUCCCAGGAGGAGGAGGUAGCCAACAGCUGACGAAGGUUU